AUGGGAGAUAAAUAUUCUAUUCAAAUGUCUCUCGCUGUUAUUCAAUCAUGCAUUGAUCGUAAACAAAAACAAACGAUGGAAACUUACCAACAAUACGAAAAUAAAUUUAUUGAAGGAAAUAAUCAUUGUGAUACCAAUCAAAAUUCAUUACUUGGAUGUAUGAAAAUUGGACUAACAAUUUAUUAUUCUAUUAAACAAACAGAUAAAUUAGCAUCGUCACUUUUAGCACUAAUUCAACCUGAGAUAUUAACUGUAAAUACUGUUCAACAAAUAUUAGAAUUAUCAAUAUCUUAUUUAACAGCUCAAAAUAUCAAGUCCAAUAAAAAAAUACUCCAAUUUACAUUUGGAUUAAUAGAGAAUACUAUUCCAUUCAAAAUAGAAAAAGAAUUUGUUCUUGAGAAUUUUAAAUUACUUAAUGAUAUGUUUUGUGUUGUUUCUCCAAAUGAUCCAAAUGCUCGUGCAAUUAGAAAGAUUCAAGAAAAAUAUAUUCGUUCAUUAUUUAUUAUGUAUGGAGGAGCAACUAGUUUUGAUGAAGAUAUUGAACAACCUUCUCCAUCAUUAUCUUCACACCUACAAUUUUUUAGUUCAGGGGGCUUAAGAAGAGAGCGUGAUAGAGCAAUGUCACUUUCAGUAACUAGAGGAACCAAAUUGAGUUCAUCAGAUAAACUAAAAUUUGCACCUUGUAACGAUGAUAUUUUUGUUAACCCUCAAAAUAAUUUCCAUGGAAAUACUCCAAUAUCAGUUCUUAGUCGACCAACAAAGAAAGAAGAUAAAGAAAUCAGCGAAAUAAAAAAUAAUUCAAAUGAUACUACUAAUUCUCACGAAAAUAAAAGUUAUCACUCAAAUGAACCACACGAAACAUUUCUUGGAGAAUUUGUUUCUGAUGAAGAUGCUUCUUCUUCAUCAGAAGACAGUUCUGAUGAUAAAGAAAUUAAAUCACCAAGAACACCAAAAGAAGGAGAAAGUACAGAAGAGUAUAUUGGACAAGUAAGUGAAGAAAAAUUUACAUUAACUAAAGGUGGAAGCACACAAGAACUUCAGGUCCAAAAAGAAUUAGCUCAAAUGAAAAGAAGAACAGUAAGACAAAAUAGUGUACUUGAAAAAGAAAAAUUACUUGAAAAAGAUUUACCAAUUCAUUUGGCAAUACUAAGUUUAUUAAUAAAAAACAGUUCAUUUGAUCAUAUAAAAUCUCCAUUUUUAUCAGAACAAAUUAAGAAAUCUCCAUGGAAAGAAUUAAGAGGGAAAAGACCAAUGGUUCUUAGAAUGGAAAAACAUAUUCUUGAACUAACAUAUUAUUGGUUAGACAAAUGUCCUGAAACAUGCAAUCCUACAGUAAUCAAUAAAUGGAAUAUUGAUUUUGUUGGAUGUUUAAGUUACAAUGUAUUUUCUGAUGAUAAAACAUUAUUUAUUACAUCAUUACAAAUACUCAUUAUUUGUAUACUCAAAUUUAGAGUAAAUUUAAAAACAGAAAUUGCAUUAUUAUUAAAUUCAGUAAUAUUCUUUUAUAUUUUAUCACCAUUACCAUUAUAUUCAUAUAAACAAGUGGUUAUAUCAGAAUUAGUAAAGUUAUGCCAAGAUUCCCAAUUUUUAAAUGAUAUAUUCCUAAAUUAUGACUGUGAUAAAUUUGGGCAAAAUAUCUUUGAAGACUUAUUAAAUACCAUUUGUUUUAUUCUUACUCCUGAAUUUAAAAAUGCUUCUAUUGAAGAAAUUCCUAUUAAAAUUCUUGCUGAUAUGAGAAAAGAAUGUUUAUCAUUAGUUCAUAUUAUAAUAGAUUCAAUUAAAAAAUUAAUGAUUCAGGUAAAUGGAUUAGAAAGUAUUGGAAUGGUUGAAUUAGAUAAUGGAAUUCCUACUAAAACAAAUUCAACAUCAGUUUUAAAAUGUUUAAUUGAUAGAAAAAUUAAAGUUGAUAUUGUAAAAGCUAAACAAUUAUUUAAAGAAAAACCAAAUGAUGGAGUUUCAUAUAUGAUUAAAUCAAAUUUAUGUUUUAAUGAUCCAACAUCUAUUGCUCAAUUUCUUAAAAAAUUAGAAGGAGUUGAUAAAAUUGCAUUAGGUAAAUAUCUUACUUCUAAUAAAGAAUUUAAUAAAGAAGUCUUUAAAGAAUAUAUGAAAUUAAUUGAUUUUAAUGGACUAAGUGUUGAUGAAGCAUUAAGGUCAAUGUUUAAUUUAUUUGUCAUGCCUGGAGAAGGUCAAGUAGUUGAUCGUGUAAUGGAAAUGUUUGCUCAUCGUUAUGCUGAAUGUUGGAGUGAUAAAAUGAAAGAAAUGAAUAUCACAUCAAACCAAAUAUAUUUCUUAGCUACAACUAUUAUUUUCUUAUCAACAGAAACACACAACUCAAAUGUUAAAACAAAAACAAUGGACAGUUAUGAGAAAUUUAAACAAAUGGUUGAACAAUUUGAUUUUACAUUACCUGAUAGUUAUCUUCAACCUUUAUAUCAAAGCGUUAUACAAAAUGCAUUUUUGAUUCCAGAACAAAAAGAAAAAGUUGAAGAUGAUAAUAAAUAUAUAAUUACUAUUAAGAAUAGUCCUCAUCAAAGACCUCAAAUUUUAUUAUUAAAAAGUCAAAUUACUGAAGCUAAAAUUGAUGAAGAUACUGUUGAGUCAUUAUCCAUUUCUAAUAAAGAUAUUCUCCACGCACUUAUAGAAACUAUGGUUCCAAUAGAAUUAAAAAGUUUAAAAAUUGCAUUUGAUAUAUAUAAUGAUAUUACAAAUACUUUAACUUAUUUAAAAGAAAUGCUUGAUAUAUGUAUUGUAAUGGAUUGUAGAGAAAUGAUUGAACUUAUUAUUAAAACUAUGUGUGAGUGGUGUGUUUAUUAUGAUUUUAAUAGUUGUAAAUCAUGUAAUAUUCAAGUUACCAAAAUGGUAAUAGACAUUAGUAAUUCAUUACAAAAUAAAUUACAUGGAGGAUGGAAGUAUUUAUUUAUUGUUCUUUCAAGGUUUGAACAAAUGAAUUUAAUUGAACACCAAACUAUUUCAACACUAAAAAGUAUUCCAAAAAAUACUAGAAAAUUAUUCUUUAUGGAAGUCCAACAUCAGUUAUAUCAACCAAAAGAUAUUAAACUUCCAACAAACCUUUCAAACGAUAUAAUUAAUUUAAAGAAAGAAUUAAAAAUUGAAAUUGAAACAAUACCAUUAAUAUUUGAUUCAUUAAAAUCAUUAAAUGAAGAAGGGUUCUGUGAAAUUAUCAAAUGUCUAAGUAACAGUGCAUUAAAUGAAUUAAAUUGUGUCACACCACCAAUGUUAUUAUUAAAUCAAUUUAAAUUAAUUAUUGAAGGAUUUAUUGAAAAGAAUAAAAAAAUAAAUAAUAAAGAAACAAUUGAAAUUAUAAGAAAUUUCUUAUUACAGUGUAUGCUUCAUCCACAUGAAAUUGUUUCAAUGAAAGCUAUAGAAAUAUUUUUUAGAUUUUGUGAAUUAGAUUUAUUCAAAGAGUCAAAAGAAAUAUUAAAACCAGUUGUUAUUGCAAUGGGAGAUUCUCCAUUAGAGAAAUGUCGUUCUAAUAUUCUUGAAGUAUUAAAGAAAGAAUUUGAAAAGAAAGAUAAUUAUAUAACACAAUCUUGGAAAGAAGUAUUUGAAAUAUUAUUUAUUUCUACUAUGGAUGAGCCUUUAACUAUCAUGAAAGAAGGAUAUGAAACAUUAACCAAAAUAAUCAAAUUAAAAUAUGAAUUUGAUGAAAAAUAUUAUUCUUAUUUCUUUAAAACACUUAUAAAAUUUUCUCUUACUAAUGAAAAAGCAGUUAUUCAAGAUAAACAAAGUGAUCCGAUUAUUAUUGUUGGGUUAAAUAGAAUUAUUGAUAAAUAUCCAAUUGAUACUAUUGAUUUAAGUUUAGACUCUCAUUUCUUUGAUAUUUUCUUUGACUUCUUAUUUACUCAUAUGAGUAUUACAAAAAGUCAACAUAUUAUUAUUUCAUCAUUGGCACUACAAUCUUUAACUCAUUACAUUGAAUUUUAUUCUCCAAAACUUUCAUAUAAUGAAUGGUAUUUUGUGUUUUAUAAAAUAUUCUUUAGAAUUUUAGAACCAAUUGGAUAUUAUCAUUUAAAAUCUGAAAAUGUAUUUAAUUCUCGUGGGGAUGAAUGGUGGUCAUCUGUAUGUUUAAGUAUGUUAACUAGAGCUUGUGAUUUUAUUUCUAAGAAUCCAGGAUUAUUACAACCAUUUAUGGCUGACAUUAUUCAUAUUGUAAUUACUUUUAUUAUUCGAGGUAUUUCUCAGUCUUCAUCAGUAGCUGUACUAACAAUUAAACUAAUAUUUUCUUAUUUUAUAGAUAAUCCAAGUUAUAUUCCAAUGUAUAGGUUUAUGAUAGAAGAUACUAUUAAUUAUAUGUAUGACUCAAUGAAAUAUUUUGUUGAAUUAUCUUCAAUACCUUUAACGAAUGAAAGUAAAACAGAUCAACAAGAAAUGAUCUCUAAUGAAGAAGAACAACUCAAAUGUAGUUUUUGUAAUAAAGAAUUAUAUAAAUUUGAUAAACUAAGAUGUCCUUUAUGUGAUACAGUUUAUUGUUCUAUUGAAUGUAAAGAAAAAGAUAAACAAAAACAUCACCAUUCAUCUAAAUUAAAACCAACACUUAAAGACCAAUUUAUUCCUCAUUUAUUUAAACCAUCAUCACUUGAUUUCCCAUCAACUACAUCUGCCUUUGAUACAUUUUUAAAUGCAGUAUCUCCAUUUUCUCAACAAAUUACAUUAAUAUCUAAAGAAGAAGAUCAAGAUAUUUUAAUAUGUUUAUUAAAUAAUAUAAAACGAUUUAUUGAUGUACUUAAAGAAAUUAAACAACCAAAUCCAAAUUAUCAAAAUGUUUUAUCAAUUAAGAAUGCAAUAGAAUAUCAUCUUACUUUAUUUGCACAUGAAGUAUGUAAAAUAUAUCCAAUUGUUAUUGUUAAUUUGAUGAAUGAAUUUUUAAGUAUUAGUUCAGACACUAUUCUUCUUCUUGCAUUUGAAUUAAUUGAAAAAUGUGAUAAUGAAUUACUUAAAAUUGUUCAUCAACAAUCAUUCUCCAACCUUCUUUCAUUAAUUCCUCAUGAAAAUAUUGAAAUAAGACAACAUUUAAGUUCUGCUUUAUUAAAAAUAUAUAAUGCCAUCAAAUAA